AUGGUUUCGGCUAGAUCUACCUGCAUUCUCUGUUUCAUCUUGGUUUUUUCUCACAUAGCAGCUGUAACAAUUAAACACCAUCCUAAAGGAAAUGGGCAUAAUACAGGUUUUAAUGAACAGAAGGAUAUUACAGAAAUCAAUUCAGCUGCCGGUUUGGACCUCUUUCAAGGGGACAUACUCCUGAAUAAACCCAGAAAUGGCCUGAGAGAUCCCAGCACUAGGUGGAAGUUCCCCAUUCCUUACAUUCUGGCUGACAAUCUGGGCCUGAAUGCCAAAGGAGCUAUUCUCUAUGCCUUUGAAAUGUUUCGCCUCAAAUCCUGUGUGGACUUCAAGCCCUAUGAAGGAGAGAGUACAUACAUCAUCUUUCAGAACUUUACUGGGUGCUGGUCUGAGGUUGGUGACCAACACGUAGGACAGAAUCUUUCCAUUGGUGCAGGCUGUGACUAUAAAGCCAUCAUCCAACACGAGAUCCUUCAUGCUUUGGGAUUUUACCAUGAACAGUCAAGGACUGACCGGGAUGACUAUGUGAACAUCUGGUGGGAUGAAAUUGAUGCAGGUCACGAUCACAACUUUAAUGUCUAUGAUGAUAAGAUGAUCACAGACCUCAACACACCCUACGAUUAUGAGUCUCUGAUGCACUAUGCACCAUUCUCAUUUAACAAGAAUGAAUCUGUUCCUACCAUCACCACCAAGAUCCCUGAAUUUAAUACUAUUAUUGGGCAACGUCUGGAUUUCAGUCCCAUUGAUUUGGAGCGGCUGAACCGAAUGUAUAAUUGCACUGCCAGUCAUACCCUUUUGGACCACUGUGCUUUUGAGAAGGCAAACAUCUGUGGGAUGAUUCAGGGCACCAGAGAUGAUGGUGACUGGAUCCAUAAGGACAGCACUCAGCCAGGAGAUACGGAUCACACCUUGGGAGGAAGAUGCACAGGUGCUGGCUACUUCAUGUACUUUGACACCAACUUGGGAAAAUCAGAAGAGGCAGCACUAUUGGAGUCUCGGAUUCUUUAUCCCAAGAGGAAGCAGCAGUGUCUGCAGUUUUUCUACAGAAUGACCGGAAGUUCUUCAGAUCGACUGACCGUCUGGGUGCGGAGAGAUGAUGGUACUGGCUCUGUUCGCAAGCUCUUCAAGGUGCAGACCUUUCAAGGAGAUAAGGACCAAAAUUGGAAAAUUGCCCAUGUGACUCUCAGAGAAGAAAAGAAGUUUCGCUACCUUUUCCAGGGAACGAGAGGUGACCCCCAGAACUCAAACGGGGGAAUUUACCUAGAUGACAUCACUCUGACAGAAACCCCAUGCCCCACUGGGGUUUGGACAGUACGAAAUUUCUCCCAGAUUCUUCAGGGUACAGCCCAAACAAACGACUUGCAAAGUCCUCUAUUCUAUAAUUCAGAAGGAUACCGCUUUGGUUUGACUUUAAAGCCUCGUGGUGGAGGCACAUCCAGCAACCCCUAUGUUGCAAUUUAUUUUCAUCUGUACAGUGGGGAGAAUGAUGCUGUUCUGGAGUGGCCUGCACUAAACAGGCAGGCAAUAAUGACAAUACUGGACCAGGAGGCUGAUGUCAUGAACAGAAUGUCUUCAAGCAUGGUGUUCACUACCUCUACGUCCCAAAAAAGUUCAGCAAUAAAUAACGCUGUCAUCUGGGAACGGCCAUCCCUCGUGGGGUCCUUAGAUUCCACUUGUAAUUGUUUUAGAAACUCUGGCUGGGGCUGGCCUAAAUUCAUUUCCCAUGAAACACUGAAAAGAAGAAGUUUCCUUAAAAACGAUGACCUUAUAGUGUUUGUGGAUUUUGAAGAUAUCACCCACCUUUCCAAGACUGAAGUUCCCAUUAAAAAUACAAGACUGACCCCUCCAGACCUGAUUCUUCAAGACCAGGAGCAGCAGAACUUCUCAGAAGAUGAUUCCAAAAAGGCCAUUGGGGAGAGAUUCUCAUCAGGCAGCCUAAGCCAGGAGCAGCCCAGCCGACAGAAGCGGUCAGUGGAGAACACAGGCCCCAUGGAGGAUCACAACUGGCCACAAUACUUCAGAGAUCCCUGUGACCCCAACCCUUGUCAAAACGAAGGCAUCUGUGUAAAUGUGAAGGGGAUGGCAAGUUGCAGGUGUGUCUCCGGCCAUGCCUUCUUCUACACAGGAGAGCGCUGUCAGGCCAUGCAGGUGCAUGGCAGCCUCCUGGGCCUGAUUAUUGGAGGUACAGCCGGAGCUAUCUGCUUGACCUUCACUAUCAUCUCCAUCCUUUCCCGAAGGUCAAAGCAGUGA